CCACUUGGUGGAUUUCACAGUACAUUUGCAUGUGCAUGCUGUGUAUGGCCGGCCCAUUACUAGACUGUAUGCAGUAGGUACCAUAGGGAAAGUUAAGAAAAGACUGGACUGUGGACAGAGGAGUUUCCAAAAUGACGAUGGAAAGUGACAACCACGCCCCAACGGAUGAUAGACAAAAUUCUGUUGAUGAUGCCAGGAGUCGUGACCUCCGUCUUUCAGGUCAUGUCGGGUUUGAUAGUCUUCCUGACCAGCUGGUCAACAAGUCAGUAGCCCAGGGAUUUAGUUUCAACAUACUUUGUGUGGGCGAGACCGGUCUGGGGAAGUCCACUUUGAUGGACACCCUGUUCAACACACAGUUUGAGAGCUCCCAAGCGCCGCACAAUCUCCCAGGGGUUAAACUCAACGCUAGCACUUAUGAAUUACAAGAGAGCCAAGUUCGACUCAAGUUGACCGUGGUUAACACUGUAGGCUUUGGUGACCAGAUUAAUAAAGAGGACAGCUACAAGCCCAUCGUGGAGUACAUCGACAAGCAGUUUGAGAACUUUCUCCAGGAAGAACUCAAGAUCAAGCGAGCUCUUCACUCCUACCAUGACACCCGCAUCCACGCCUGCCUGUACUUCAUUGCUCCCACCGGCCACUCCCUGAAAUCCCUGGACCUGGUCACCAUGAAGAAGCUGGACAGCAAGGUCAAUAUCAUUCCUGUCAUUGCCAAGGCUGACACCAUAUCCAAGAGUGAGCUUCACAAAUUCAAGAUUAAGAUAAUGAGCGAACUUGUGAGCAAUGGGGUACAGAUCUACCAGUUCCCUACUGAUGAUGAGACAGUCUCUGAUCUCAACUCAACCAUGAAUGGCCAUCUGCCUUUUGCUGUAGUGGGUAGCACAGAGGAAGUGAAGAUGGGGAACAAGAUGGUUCGUGCCAGGCAAUACCCAUGGGGCGUAGUACAAGUUGAGAACGAGAAUCACUGUGAUUUUGUCAAGCUGCGCGAGAUGCUGAUCCGUACCAACAUGGAGGAUCUAAUUGAGCAGACUCAUACCCGUCACUAUGAGCUCUACAGACGCUGCAAACUGGAAGAAAUGGGCUUUGUUGACACCUCCCCGGAGAACAAGCCUAUCAGUUUACAACAGACUUACGAAGCCAAGAGAACGGAACAUCUCCAGAUGCUGCAACAAAAGGAGGAUGAGAUGAGGCAGAUCUUUGUGGUCCGCGUCAAAGAGAAGGAAUCACAACUCAAACACAUGGAGAAGGAGCUUCAUGAACGGUUUGACAAGCUGAAACGGGACCACGCCGACGAGAAGAAACAACUGGACGAGCAGCGGCGCCAACUGGAAGACGAAAUCAACUCCUUCAACAGGAAGAAGCAGCAGGCUCAAGAAGACUCCCAACAGGCUCAGACCUUGGGCAAAGGAAAGAAGAAAUAGACUCCACCCCCUCCCCUACACUCCACAUCACAACGUGGGCUUUGCUUUUGGCUCCGUGCAAAAAAAAAAGUCAAGCGGAUGGCUCGUGCAGAUGUUUCGGCAAGCAUUGUGAGAUAUGUCGCUGGCUUCAUCAUUAUCUUGAAAUCGGAGAACUGAUGAUGAUGAGGUGGAAGGCUUGUCAUUUUGGCAGUAACAAAGAUCAAACUUAAGGGGCAUCAUUUCGUUGCCAUGUACUUAGCAUGUAGUUGGUUGUCCAGACUCGAUGUACUUCAGAACAGACAAAUGGCUUGAGCUGUCCUGGGUCCUGGAUAUGAAGCGUGCAUUGUUGCACAGAAUAUCCCAGACACAAGACAGAGUGAAAGAGCUUUGCAUCCCCAUGUAGAACGCCCGUAAAAACUGUUAAAAAGGAAGAGGGUUUGAAAACUCCACCAAGAGAUAUUUGACCGUAACUCUUCACUCUCUUGGCACUGUCACAAGUAACCUUCCUGAAUCCUCCAACAUCCCUCACUAUGCAGGAAACCAUUGUCACAUGCACUGUACCUCAUCCAGUAAGGGGUGUCAGUCCUACAAAAUGUGUCCAAAUCCCCUCCAGGGGUUUAGGAGGACUUACCAUGGGUAAGGUUCGAGAACGUCAAGCAUGGUGUGUUUGCAGUGUCAGUGUCAUAAGAAAAGAAUGGAACAGGGCACGAUAUUGGACCAAUUUGUUUGAUGUUUGAACAUUAUUCAGCCAGUUGAAAAGUUGUAACUGAAAAGCGUUCACGCUUUCAGCGUGGAUUUCCUAGGAUACUUUUGGAUUCUAUUAAGUGGGUGUUCUUGUGGCUAAAAGUCAAGCCAAUCCUAUAUGAUUCAUAUCUGCUGUUCUAGAACUUCAACACUUUAAUACCCACUAAUUUUUAAUGAACAUUUGAAAAACAUAUGCAUUACACUGAGCAUAGAAGUAGCAGUAAAUUGGAGGAAAAAUAAUAUAACUUAGUGUAGCAUAGUCAUCUACACGUAGUUGGCAUGCAUAAGUAUUCAUGCAUCUAUUUUUUUUCUGUAGUAGUCAUGUUUUUUAUUCUAUUGUACAUAGAAAUUUAGUUCUUAAUUGUUCAUUGGUUUCCUUACCUGCUUUAAAAUACAUGUACUUUGUCCAUUUAAGUGCUGCAAUAUUUUUCAGAUAUGCCCGCCUGUGUCUCCUUUUUGUUAUGUUAUGAUGCCACCUCACAGCUAAUUUAAAUAGCCCCCUCUUGUGUUGAGUGAAACAAGCUGCGGGUACAUUGGGCUUAUUGUAGGAUGGGAGAUUGAGACUUGUACAUGUAGCAGUUUUUGGGAGUUCUGAAAUGAAUAGGACAACACACAGCACUCUUUUAUACCACCCGCUGUGCUUGCAUUUAUUGCAUUAUUAUACAUGUGCUGUGGUUUAACUCUAAGCCCAGAUUAAGAUGAGAAGUACAUGUACCGUGCAGUUUAUGCUGUCAAAUUUGAGUUCUAAUUGAUUAUAAUUAACUGUUUAAUUCCUGAAUGUUUAAUAUUUUAAUUAGAGGUCACAAGGGUCACAUUUCAUCAUAGUCUGGUAAUUUGUGUCAUCUCGAUGGCCUCGAUGACUCAAAAAAACUAACCCCCUCCCACUGUUAAUUUUUUUCUGAUGAAUGGUCCUUCCCCCCAGAAAUCCCCCAGAAAGAAGUCUUUGCCCCCUCCUUUGGAUGCAAUCCUGGUAAUGCCAAUGCUUUUAAUGCAAAUCCUAAGCUUACCAAGGGCUAGUGGCUAUAACACUGUUUACUGUAUCACCAAAAACCAUUUUUCUUUAGCAUUUUCUUGAUACAUUAAUAUGUACAUGUUUUCUUGACCAUUUUUGCAAACUUUGUACAAUCACAUGUACUUCCAGGGGUAUACUCUGGAAUCUCUUUUCUGCUCUGUUCAGUUUGUUAACUUGUCAGCAUUAAAUACAUGUAGUUGUUUGUGAAUGCUACAUAGUUUAAACUUUCUAGUGUAAAUGUACAUGUAUGUGGUAGUUGACUUUGUAUUUAUGAGUUAUUUGAUGGUGCUGUAGCUUG